GUUAUUUUUUCGCUGCGGGCGGUGCACAUAAGUCAUUUAAUAAGAUUUACUAUUGAAUCGUUAAUAUCAUGAGUAAACAAGAUUAUAAACCGGUGUUGACGCGAACCAAUCGUUUCGAACUGUUUUCAAUUGAUGAAUGCGAGCAGAUAUUAAAAGCUGUGCUCAAAGAUCACAAUCAAAUGGGAAUCCUUAACAAGUUCCAAAUUUUGCCGGCCAUUGAGCAUGUGGGUUUUCUAGGUGAAUAUUAUCACCUCGUGCUCAGCUAUCGAUUGGAAAAUGAAACAGAGGAACGCACAACACGUCUCUUUGUCAAAUCGAUGGUAUACGAGAAUGCGGACAUGUCCUACUACGACGAAAAGUCGGGCAUUAUUAAAAAGGAGGCCAGACUGUAUGAAUUGCUGCUCAAUGAGCUGAAAAAGUUCUCUGCUCAUGUGUGGUGUGCCAAGUGCUAUUUCACCCGGGACGAUCUGUUCGUAAUGCAAAAUAUUGAAGAUUUGGGCUACAGAUCACUGCCCUCAGAAACGAAAUUUCUAAGCGAGGAACAGCUACGACCGAUGCUGAGGGCACUGGCUACCCUGCAUGCCAGCAGCGUGGCUUAUGAGCGAAAGCAUCGGGUGACAAUCGGAGUGGAAUUUAGACAGUGGCUGCUGGAGAAGUCAAUUGAUCCCGAUAUCGAAUGGUGGACGACGGGCAUAAAGGCUAUUCUGGCUGUGACUGCUACACAUCCUCGAGUGAUCAAUGAUGCAGCUGCUCAGGCGUAUAUAGCAAAUGAGCUGCCACGUUGCCUAGAUCGGGUCUACUAUAUGGCAAAUCCAUCACCUGUGCAUCGCAACGUAUUUCUACAUCGUGACGCGUGGGGUGGCAAUGUCUUCUAUCCCAAGGAACAGUCCGAGAAUGUGGGCUGUGUGCUGGUUGACUUUCAGCUGUGUCGCUAUGCGCCGCCAGCUGUGGACUUCCUAAUGGCCAGCUAUCUGAAUGUGGAGCCAGCGCAACGCAAAGAAAUGAUGGAGCGGAUUACAUCUGACUACUAUGAGCACCUGGUGUCGGAGCUGGUGGCCAUGGGAGUUGAUGCAGAACGCGAGCAGCUUAGUCGCUCUGAUUUUGAGCAAUCGUUGAAGGACUUUUCGCUUUUUGGUGCCACAUAUAAUUGCAUUGCAGCCACCAUACUCAGAUUGCCCGAUAACUAUCUGAAGAAACUGAAGGAUGAACAGGCGGGAGAGUUUCAUAGUUUCUGCAAUGUGGAUCGCACCAAAAGUGUUUUAAGUUUAAUGGACGAACAUGGGGACUUCCGACGUUAUUUAUAUGCCUGUGUAGAUGAUUUAUUGGAACUGACAUACUAUAAACAAGCCGAAUAAAACGGCCUUAUCUUUGAACUGAAA